UCCCCGCAGCCACCCGGUCUGACUGCCUCUUGUGUGUUGCAGGCGGAGCGCGGAUCCGAGUCCGAGAAACGCCGGGAUCGAGAUAGGGCCCCGAGCCGGGAUGGAGGCUUGUUCUCGGCCGCCACAUUCCCGCUGUUGUUGAUCCCGGAGCCCCAAGGCCUGAGUCCGGGGCCGCGCACGUACCUGCACAUGAAAUGGCCCCUGUUGGACUUACAGACGGCCGGCUCUCUCAAAGACUCAUCGUCUCCUGUACAUAUUGCCGCUGGUUUACCCUUGGUCCAGCACCCCCACCACAUGCACCCCCUCACCCCCCUCAUCACCUACAGCAAUGACCAUUUCACCCCCGGGAGCCUCUCCCCGGAGCUCGAUCCCAAGACCGGACUCCCACGACUCCGGCACCCGUCUGACUUGGCCGCGUUCUACCCGCUGGCUGCUGGCGGCGUGGGACAGAUCGCCCACCCUCUCGGCUGGGUCGUGCCACCGCCCAGUCCCUCACUCUACUCCAUGCUGGCACCAGGCUUCAGACCGGCAUACCACACCGCACUGGCAACCAGCCCCUCUGUCGCCAGGUUCUCUCCGCAGAUGGUCUCACCGCAACAUGGAAUCCCUCAUCCAGCCAUUGUAAGCACAGGUAUCAAACAGGAGCCGACACACAGCCAGCCCAGCCCAAGCCACGUCUCGAGACCUCCGUCCAUUAAGGAGGAGGACGAGAAGAGGAAGCCACACAUCAAGAAGCCUCUGAACGCCUUCAUGCUGUACAUGAAGGAGAUGCGAGCCAAGGUGGUGGCAGAGUGCACGCUCAAAGAGAGCGCGGCCAUCAACCAGAUCCUGGGGCGCAAGUGGCACGGCCUGACACGUGAGCAGCAGUCCAAGUACUAUGAGCUGGCAAGGAUGGAGAGGCAGCUGCACUCCCAGCUCUACCCUGGCUGGUCGGCACGUGACAACUAUGGGAAGCGGAAAAAGAGGAAACGAGGCAAACAGCAGAUGUCCGAGGAGAGUAACCCAGAUGCGUCCGUGCCUGUUGCCCAUCGGCGGGUGAGGAGCCGCUCAGCGCACGUGGACGGGAUCUACUCCCUGCCCCUCUCUGCCUCGGCCAGCGUCCUGGACUCCCCUACGUCCCCGCCCGGCCGAGACCCCGACCAGUCGCCGCCUCCCUCGCUGACCGCCAGGCAGGACUACCCGUCCAAACCACGGCCCCCUAGCUCCAGCCCGGGCUCCCGCUACCUCUCUCAGGCCGCCACCCCCACCUUCCUCCUCACCCCCCCCUCCUCAGUGGAGGCAGCCACUCACCCUCACUACGCUUCACAGACACAGCCGUUGUCCCUGGUGACCAAGUCCCCGGUGACCGCCGACCCCUGACCCCCGACCCCCUGCUCAAUCUGCCUCUCUGAUUGACACCUGACCUCCCGGAGAAUUUUUUAAAAGAUGUUCUUUGAAGCUGGUCAAUAUUUGACCCCAUUUUUUUUAUAUUGAUACCUGUAAAUAACUUUUUUAUAACGUUGUAGCUGGAGGAAGGCGAAGGAGGACCUGCAGUGGGUGGGGAAGACGGGGGUGGAGGAAGGGGAGGCCUGCUGGGCUGCAGCUUGGGGCAUCCUCACCAGGGUUAGUGGAGGUGAGCUGCCACUGGGCUGCCAGUUAAGAUGGCUGGUCCGCAGGGUGGAGGCGUAGCCUAGCGUAGGGUGGGUCAGUUCCAGAGCCGAUCCCUGGCACGGCCUAGGGGUGGUGAAGGAUCCAACGUCACCGAGCUUGUGGGGGGUGAGGGUGAUCGCCUACUCGAUCUCUCCCUGUCGCUGGGCAAGGAUGCCAGCCUAUGUGCGGCACCCUCACAGUCAGUAGACAAUCAAUGAUGCUGAGACUCUUCCCCCCCCCCCCCCCCCCCCCCCCCCCCCCCCCCACACGCUGGAAACAACAUCAGUCCUUUGCCCAGUUAGUAGGGUUGUGAAUUCUGCAUUCUAGGUGAGGGGGACUCUGUCCCAAUGCUGGGGGCAGGUUCUGGCUUUGCCCAACCCCUUGCUUGUGCAGUGUGCAUUGGCUUCUCACUCAGUCCCUUCACCUGCGCUGUAGGCUUGUCCAGGACCUGCUCCUUCUCUGCAGGAGGAGGCUGGGUCAGGGCAUGGUUCCCUCAUGAUCCAGUGGCCUUACCAAGCCUUCCACACACCGUCCACCACGUGGCUGGGUAAAAUCUCCGUGCCGGCCAGAGUUACUCUCAUUGUCUGUCGGACCUGUCAGUGUGAGCGAGCUUCCAUCAGACCCAUUGCCGUCACAUUUGUUGCCAUUUAAGACCAUUCCAUCCUCCAUAUCCCAUCCAUUGAUUUUAUUUUUGCUUUGUUUAAAACAUGUACAAAUUUCUGCAUAAACAUAUUAUAUAAGAAAAAUUAUAGUUUACAGUUUACAUUU